AUGACUGUCAACAGAACGCGGGUGUUCUAUCUGGUUGGAGUUACGCCUCCCUCAACACGCGAGGUUGAUGUGGAUUCAAUCCUGGAUCUAAAGACGCUGAAAACCAAUCUUGGUCUCGAAUUUCACAUUAUUGAACCAACUGGUAUCUGUUUUCAAACAGAUCAACAUGGUGCGAUAGAAGACCUGGGGGCCAUUUUCGAUGCCACCACUCCUAUAGGAAUCACUAUUAAUGGUCAACCUGUUCGCGAAGUACUUGGACCCAAGGGGUUUCCAGGCGUUGGGUCAUACUAUGAGAUAUUUCCGGACCAUCUCGGGAAUAUUAUUCGUCUGUUGAGGAAAUAUGGAUCCGUUGUUAAGGCUGUCAAUAUGGGCAAGGUCAAUUAUCAUACCGAUGACCCAGUGAUUGCUGGAUACCUUUUCAGCGAAUCCAUAUACUUCACUAAAAAGAUUACUUCCGACCAUCCUCUAUGGGGGAUCAAAGACAACACGGCAAUAUUCAUUGGUGACACAGAAACAAAGGCCUGGCAACAAAAUCAUAAAUUUCUGCCCCCAUCACUUAGCCCAAACGCAAUCCGUCAUUAUACUCCUCUUAUGGAGCAAACAGUGCGGGGGUCAUUCAAGGUUUUUGAUGCGAUAGAUGCGACCGGUGAAACUUUGAACGUCUAUCAAUACAUGCACAAGCUUGCAGCGCAGACCAUCGGAAAGUUCUGCUUGGGCCUCGAUUUCGGCCACUUCAACGAACCAGACUCUCCCGUCGAUCCGAUAAUUCACGACAUUGCAGAUAUGCUACUUUUGAAUAAGAAAGUGACGGCCCGUGGUGAUUGGUAUGGGGCACUACCCUUUGGAGACCCGAAGAGGCUGAAGGAUAUGCAACAGCGGACCUACUCUAGGCUACAAGGUGCGAUGGACACAGUAGACUCCCGCGACAAACCUGAUCUGCCCAUGGCCGAUGCUGCCUUGAAAGCAACCUGUGUGGUCGAUUACCUCAAUCGCGCCAUUGACGAGAACGGCCGAAAGCUACCAAAAGACCUCAUAUUACCCAACAUGGUCAUCAUGACAGCCGCAGGCUUUACGACGACCUCUGCACUACUUUCCUGGAUGAUCUACUCCAUCAUCACCUACCCCGGAGAGCAAGAGCGCCUCCUCCAAGAGUUAAUCGACUCGGACAUCAACAACGAUAUCACCUGGACCCCCGAAUACGCCGCGAAUCUCAAAUAUCUAGACAAAUUCGUCAAGGAGACCCAGCGCCUCCAUAAUCCCUCCUUCCAGCCUGCCCGAACUACAAAAACGGACGUCAUCCUCCCCGGCGGCUGGCACCUGCCCGCCAAUGCUGUGCUAGUCCCUGCGUUGUAUGCAAUUCAUACUAACCCCGACAUAUGGGAGAACCCACUGCGCUUUGAUACUGCAAGGUGGGACACGGAGGCUGUGAAAAAGAGACAUCGGUGCGCCUAUGUCCCAUUUGCAGCAGGGCCAAGAGGAUGCAUUGGAUUUAAUUUUGCGCUGCAAGAGGUCAAAAUCUUGUUUUCCGAGCUACUAUACAGGUACGAGUUUAGUAAGGAAAGUCAUGGGGUUGUUGAUUAUGAUCCGGAUUUCCAGCUGAUUAGGCCCAUGAAUUUGUACGUUAGAGCGAGGAGGAGGACUACGUGGCCCACAAAGACGGCAUAA